CCCCGGCUGAGGGAGGGCGAUGCCGCGGUGACGGCCCCGCCAUGGCGAAGCCCCCGGCGGCGGCGGCGGCGGCCGCGGCGUCGGAGGAGCUCAGCCAGGUGCCGGACGAGGAGCUGCUGCGCUGGACCAAGGAGGAGCUGGCGCGGCGGCUGCGGCGCGCCGAGGGCGAGAAGGUGGGCCUCAUGCUGGAGCACGGCGGCCUGAUGCGCGACGUGAACCGGCGGCUCCAGCAGCACCUGCUGGAGAUCCGCGGGCUCAAGGACGUGAACCAGCGGCUGCAGGACGACAACCAGGAGCUGCGCGAGCUCUGCUGCUUCCUCGACGACGACCGGCAGAAGGGGCGCAAGCUGGCGCGCGAGUGGCAGCGCUUCGGGCGCCACGCGGCGGGCGCCGUGUGGCACGAGGUGGCCCGCUCGCAGCAGAAGCUGCGGGAGCUCGAGGCCCGCCAGGAGGCCCUGCUGCGGGAGAACCUGGAGCUCAAGGAGCUGGUGCUGCUGCUCGACGAGGAGCGCGCGGCGCUGGCGGCGGCGGGGGGCGCCGGGGCUGCCGGGGGCGCGGGCGCGGGCGGCGCGGGCGGCGGCGGCGGCGGCGGCGGCGGCGCGGGCUCCCGCAGCUCCAUCGACAGCCAGGCCAGCCUGAGCGGGCCCCUGGCGGGCGGCGCGGCGGGCUCGGGGGCCCGCGACGUGGGCGACGGCAGCAGCACGUCCAGCGCGGGCAGCGGCGGCAGCCCGGACCACCAUCACCACCACCACCUCCACCUCCACCACCAGCACCACCACGUCCCGCCCGCGCUGCUGCCGCCCGGGCCGCACAAGGGCCCCGACGGCAAGGCCGGAGCCACGCGCCGCUCCCUGGACGACCUGUCGGCUCCUUCCCACCACCGCAGUAUCCCCAACGGCUUACACGAUCCCUCGUCGACCUACAUCAGGCAGCUGGAGACCAAGGUGAAACUGCUGGAGGGUGACAAGGUCCUUCCGCAGCAGGUGGGUUCUGGAGAGUUCCGUACUCUGCGGAAGGGCUUCUCCCCAUACCACUCCGAGUCCCAGCUUGCAUCGCUGCCGCCCUCCUACCAGGAUGUCCCCCAGAACGGCCCCACCUGCCCGGAGCUGCCCUCGCCCCCGGCCACGGGCUACAGCACCGCAGGACAGAAGCCCGAGGCUGUGGUGCACGCCAUGAAGGUCUUGGAAGUGCACGAGAACCUGGACCGGCAGCUCCAGGACAGCUGCGAGGAGGAUCUGAGCGAGAAGGAGAAGGCCAUCGUCCGAGAGAUGUGCAACGUGGUCUGGAGGAAACUGGGUGACGCCGCCAGCUCCAAGCCUUCCAUUCGGCAGCACCUGUCUGGGAAUCAGUUCAAGGGACCUUUGUAGGGCCAUUCUUUCCUGGACGUGGACUGCCCUCCCGAGGUCCCAGGCCUAGCCCCUCUUGUCCUUCUCUGUGGUGAAUUGUACAUAGGACACAGCUUCCCCGGCUGCCAUGGUGCGACGCAGCCAGGCCUCCAUCGCCGGCGUCCCAUGCCAACAAAUGGGGGAGAUGAGAGGCCACGGCGCGGUCCCUGUGCAGAGCGGCCUGGACAGACAGCCUUGUUCCCUCAGGGCCCUGGCUCCAUUAGCAAGAGGCUGACGCUGCUUUACGGCUGCUUCUAGGAGCCAGGCCCAGGCCCAGCGGAGGCUCGCCUUCAAUCAAGAGCGUUCCAUCCAUCAGGCCUCCCAUGCCUUGAUGCCCCAAGCCCUGGCCAGAGGCCUUGGGAGUCAGAAUCCUGAUGCAGGGCCCUUGCCCCCAGCGAAGGCCGGGACCUGGACUCACCGCCUCCACGGCUGGCAGGAGGUGGCUCUGGGGGUCAGGCCCUGCCUGGCCCCCAGCCCUGGAAGCUCAGGGUCCUCUCUCUCUAGGGGUUGUGGCGUCCAGCUUGUUUGUAGCAUUCACCCAUCGCGACCCCCCUCAGACACCUCCUCUCUGUAAGGUCUCCCUAACCUUGGCAGGCUGAGCUGUCUCAGGCCUCCUGCUGGGAGCCCCUUCUGUGUUUACACAGGAAGGUCUGGAGUGUCGGAGCUGAGCUGCACAUCUCAGGCCAGGUAGGCAAACGAGGCCGUGGCUGGUUGUCUGUCCAUGGUGCGGUCUCUGUCCACCGUGCCCCCCCC